AUGACCAUAUCCCCACUGGUAGACAUGACUGUGGAGAGCAUCUCUCCCCUGGACGAGGAGGCGAUGGCUGCUGCUAGAGCCCGUCAGGACACCCUUACCAAGCCCCCGGGCAGCCUGGGUCGGCUGGAAGACCUUUCCAUAAUGCUGGCCGGCAUGUUCGGCGACCCAAUUCCCAGAAUUAACCGUAAAUCCGUGAUUCUGGCCGCUGGCGAUCAUGGUGUGGUAGCCGAAGGGGUCAGCGCCUAUCCGCAGGAAGUCACGCCGCAAAUGGUCUUUAACUUCCUUAGAGGCGGGGCUGGCAUAAAUGUGCUGGCCCGGCAGGCCGGCGCAGAAAUCGUGAUUCUCGAUGCUGGUGUGGCCGCCGACCUGGAACCCCAUCCCCUGUUGCGGUCGGUCAAGGUGGCUUAUGGCACCGCAAACAUGGCGGUGGGUCCGGCCAUGACCAGGGAGCAGGCCAUCCGUUGCCUGGAAAUUGGAAUCGAAGCCGCCAGGGAACAAAUCGGCGAGGGAGCCGACCUCAUUGCAUGCGGCGAUAUGGGAAUCGGAAACACCACUGCUUCCAGCGCGAUUACUUCGGUCGCUACCGGCGCCGACCCUUCAAUUACUACCGGUAGGGGAACCGGCCUGGACGACCCCGGCCUGGCUCACAAGGUAGAAGUGAUCCGGCGAGCUAUCGAAGUCAAUAAACCGGACCCUCGCGACGGUUUGGAUGUGUUGACCAAGGUCGGUGGCCUGGAGAUCGGCGUUUUGGCCGGAGCCAUGCUGGGGACGGCCGCCAGCCAUCGCCCGGUAGUAGUGGAUGGGUUCAUCUCCGGGGCCGCCGCCCUGAUUGCCUGGCUGAUCUCUCCGACGGCGAGGGACUACUUCAUCGCCGCCCACCAGUCAGUUGAGCCUGGCCAUCGGGUGGGUCUGGAUGCCAUGGGCCUGACGCCGUUGUUGGACAUGGGCAUGCGGCUGGGCGAAGGUACCGGCGCAGCGCUGGCCAUGCACCUUAUCGAGGCCGCUGCUCUCUGCCUGGCGGAAAUGGCUACCUUCGCUGAAGCUGGCGUUUCGGAACGCAGCGAGGAUGAAGAGUAG